AUGAAUUUAUUGGCUGCAAAGCGGAAAUCGGUUGGCAAAAUGUAAUUAUUAACCAAUCUGUGGUGUUUUUUGAUAGUAUUCUGCCUUCUGUGGUUUAAAACUUUCACACCCGUUUUGGACCACUACCGUACCACUACUACCAAAAAACGAGGAGCCUGAUUUUUUGGUUUCCUAUCAACUUUUCGCCAGCAAAAAGUGAUCUAAUAUCAAUAUUAGUAUUUCUGAACAUAUACCAAUCUAUAAAAGCUGAUUUUAUCACAACACUAUUCCACCACUAUCAACACCACUCAACCCACUUUCGCAGUAGUAGUGCGAUAGUGGUCGAAUAGUAGUGCGUUAGUACCCCUAAACGGGUGGUCGACCCGUAAACCACCCGUUUUCCUAUUGUGUGCGAAAACGCUGUGUACAAAACGACAGGAUUCGGAUCGAGGCCGGGUUGGAACUACAAGUCUAUACUAACUUCUGAUAAUUAUCAGGGGUUGUGAAGCAUUUUUAUAUUUCGAGAGUGCAUUGCGCGGAUGUUUCGCUAACAGCGGAGCAUAAUUUCGCGGACGUUUCGCUAAAGUUCUUGUGUCAGCCGCGGAUUGGCAGAUUUCUGGGUUUCGCGAACCGCGCCGUUCAAGCCAGACCUUCUCUGAGUCCUCAUGGUAUAUUUUAUCCAUAAAAUUUGCGCGUUUUUUUCCGAAAUGAAUCAUACAUGAACUGGGACUCCGAAUUCGAAAAAUCAGCAAAAAAUGGGUUAGGGCGUGGGGGGUAAACUCAAGAGAGUCUCCGGAGUGACUGUAGUAGUUGAUGUAUGGAGAUGAUUCAUAAUGAUUGAUUCAGAAAGAUAAAUAUUUAUACCUUCUCAAACAAAUAUCCUGCUCAAUUCCAAACAAUGUCAACUUCCACUAUGCCACGUAUGAUCUCAACACUUACUACAGAUUUAAUGAUGUCACUGAUGCUCAAAAUAGUUUCAAAACAUUGACCGGUUAGUUUUUGGGGUUUCCAUAAUAAACAUUUGAAACCAAACAACUUAUAGAAGGCAAAUCGUGCAAUGAAACAUUCGAGGAAAUGUAUGGCAAUAUGAAGCCCAACGAUUUUGACGAGUUCGGCCGGAUUGAAGUGUUUUAUCGAAUUCCGGAAUUGGAAGAUUGUGCGUUUUCGAAUUAUUAUAAAAGAAGUCAUCGAAGAUUUCGUUUGAAUCUGAUACAUUUUGAUAGCGAUGUUUAUUAUGCCUUCAAAUCGCUAAAUUAUUCAAAUAUAUCUGCAAUUGAUACAAAUCAAGAAAAAGCUUCUGAAGAACUUGUAAAUAUGACCAAUUCUUUGUGAGUUUCGAGAAAAACACAAAGGAUUUUUAAACUUUUCAAAUUAUAGCAUCAAUAAUAUUCUUGGAAUAAAAGAAAAGCGAAAACUUCAACCAAUUUUAAAAUGUAUUGAUAAACAAGAAGAUUACUAUAUGAAAUUGGGCCUUGGAAUGGGAUUCUGUUUUGGAGUUGUUGUCUUAGCCAUUACAUUGUUAUUGGCACAGCUUUUCUUUUUAUUUAUUGGAAAAAAAAGCGAAGAAAAAGGAGAUUGCGAUGAAACACAAGAAUGGUUUGGGAGAAACGAGGAAAAUGCAAAAUUUCGAUGA